AUGUACGCCCCACUUGUGCAUUUCAUCAAAGCGAUAGAUCACAUACCGACCCGAUUCAAUGUAUCCAUUAUGCUGUUUAUGGCAUGCCUGAUCAGCUAUAUGUUGCGAGUUAACAUGUCCGUCAAUAUAUUGGCCAUGGUGCAGCCGAUUCAAAGCAGCGUCAAACAAUCCGUACCCGUCCACCAAGGCAACAUAACUGACCAAUCGAUUAAUCAAACAACGAUAGGACAUUCAAAGAUCCCAGAUUAUGGUCCACGGUAUAAUUGGAGCUCACACGAUCAAAGCAUCAUUUUGGGCGCCUAUUUCUACGGUUAUCUGAUAUCUUCGUUGCCGGCCGGCAUUUUUGCGGAACGUUACGGUGGACGUAACAUGGUUGGGCUGUCGUUGGCAUUUAGCGCACUCCUCACCGCGCUGACACCACUAGCCGCCGACAAUGGCAUGUGGGCCACUAUUGCCAAUCGCGUGGCGCUAGGAAUUUUAGGUGGUUUUCUAUAUCCCGCUCUGCACAACCUCAUCUCCAAAUGGGCACCACCAGACGAGAAGGGAAAGUUCGUGUCGGCGCUCAUGGGUGGCACAUUUGGCACGGUAAUAACUUGGCCUCUGGUUGGCGUUCUAAUCGAAACCCUCGGCUGGUCGUUUGCGUUCUACAUUCCUGCCGCCAUCUCUGCCAUCGCAGCAGUACUGUGGUACAUUAUCGUGGCCGAUAGCCCAGCCACACACCCUCGCAUUAAGUCGGAAGAAAAGGAUUACAUCGAAAAGUCGCUAGGCGAUACGGUCUUCAAAUCGAAGCUUUUACCACCCAUUGCAUCGCUGGCAACAUCACCACCAUUCCUGGCCCUGCUAGUGUUACAUUUUGGCAAUUUAUGGGGCUUGUACUUCUUGAUAACAGCUGCACCCAAGUUUAUGAGCGAGGUGCUUGGAUUUAACCUAGCUAAGGCUGGAUUCCUAUCUGCAUUGCCUUACUUGGCCCGAUCAUUGGCGGCAUUUUUGUUCGGCACGAUAGGUGAUAUGCUACGAAAGAAAUCAAUUAUUAGCGUUACAGCAAUACGCAAAUCAUUUUGCAUAUUUUCUCACAUAAUACCCGGCCUGUUUCUCGUCGGGCUGAUCUACAUCGGCUUUGAUCCGUACGUCUGUGUCGCCAUCAUUACACUCUCGCUCGGUUUUAACGGUGCAUCCACGAUGACCAAUCUCCAAAACUCCCAGGACCUGGCGCCAAACUUUGCCGGAACGCUUUACGGCAUCAUUAACUUCGUCGGAACGUCUAGCGGCUUCAUCUCACCCAUCCUGGUAGCGCACUUUACCGCGCAACAGAGCACGAUGGACGAAUGGCAAUAUGUCUUCAUGAUUGGAGCCGCCGCUUACAUCGCGCCAGCGCUCAUAUUCGUCUUCUUCGGUUCAGGACUGGUACAGAAGUGGAACGAACCGAAGCAAACGCAAACGACAACCGGUCACGAGCAUACCUAA